CAAAUAUCAAAGCCAUGCCUUCUUUCUCAAUACCAUUCAAACUCAUCUUCUUCUUCCUCUUCUUUGCAUCUUCCCAUGCUUUCUCUUCUAAAACCAUACCCUCCAGGGAAGCUGAAGCUCUUCUAAAAUGGAAAGCUAGCCUCCCCAGAAACACCCAAACUUUGCUCUCUUCUUUGUGGGGCGGAAGCAACCAUUGCAAUUGGACUGGAAUCACUUGCAACAAUGCUGGCAGCAUCACAAAAGUGAUCCUAGGAGAAUUUGAAUUGAAAUUGAGAGGUACGCUUCACAAUCUCAACUUCUUUUACUUCCCCAACUUGAUUUGGCUUCAGCUUCGAAACAACUCACUGUAUGGGUCCAUUCCUUCAAACAUCGGGAACCUUUCCAACCUCAACUUCCUUGACUUGUCAUACAAUAAUUUCUCUGGGAAUAUCCCCUUAGAAAUUGGCUUAUUGAAAAGUCUUUCUUUGAUCUCCUUAGGAGACAAUUCACUCAGUGGUUCCAUUCCACGAGAAAUAGGAAAGCUGAGUACAAUUUCAUACAUUUAUUUCACGAGAAACAAUCUAACUGGUCCCAUUCCAAUCGAAAUUUUGAACCUUACGAAGCUUCACGACCUGGACUUGUCACAAAAUAAUAUCUCUGGAAGUAUUCCUUCUGAUAUAGGAAGGUUGAGUUCACUUUCUAUUCUUUUCCUUAACCAAAACCAUCUCACUGGUACAAUACCUAUUUCUAUUGGAGACUUGCAGAAUUUAUCCCAAUUUGUCCUCGUUGACAAUAGGCUCAAUGGUUCCAUACCUAAAGAGAUCGGAAUGGUUACAUCCCUUCGGCUGCUUGAUCUUUCAAACAAUCACCUAACUGGUCCUAUCCCAACAUGUAUAGGAAACUUAAGCAACAUGAAAUGGCUCUAUCUGUGGAGUAAUAAUCUCUCUGGUUCUAUCCCCAAUGAGAUAGGAAUGCUCAAAUCGCUUUUAGCGUUUCAGUUAGCGUACAAUAAUCUCACUGGUGUCAUCCCUCAUUCCAUAGGAAACUUGACUAACUUGGAUAAUCUUGUGCUUAAUUUUAAUGGGCUUUCUGGUUCUAUCCCCAGUGAGAUAGGGAUGCUCAAAUCUCUUUUCGACUUGCAGUUAUCGGACAAUAAUCUCACUGGUCUCAUCCCUGAUUCCAUAGGAAACUUGACUAACUUGGGCAAUCUUGUGCUUCAUUUUAAUGGGCUUUCUGGUUCAAUCCCAACUUCCAUGGGAAACUUAAACAAGUUGUCGAUACUGGAGAUUUGUGAAAAUAGUUUAUCAGGCCUUGUUCCUCAAACUCUGAACAAUCUUACUCAUUUAAGAAUAUUAGACUUAUCCCACAACCAUCUUAGAGGUUCAUUACCUGAGAACGUGUGCCUUGGGGGAUUGCUCACUCGUAUCGCAGCUAUCAAAAAUAAUUUGACCGGUUUGAUUCCAUCAAGCUUGAGAAACUGUACAAGCUUAUACAGAGUUAGGCUUGAAGGGAACCACUUAACAGGAAAUAUAUCAGAAGCCUUUGGUAUAUAUCCAAAUUUGAAUUUUAUUUCAUUAAGCAACAACAACAUUUUCGGUGAACUUUCUUCAAAUUGGGGACAAUGCCAUAAUCUAACAAGCCUAAAGAUCACCAACAAUAACAUUUCUGGAAAGAUUCCAUUCCAAUUGGGACAGGCAACCCAAUUACAAGAACUUGAUCUCUCUUCGAAUCAUUUAAAUGGUGAGCUUCCUAAGGAACUAGGGAAGUUGACAAUGUUGAGCCGUCUUUAUCUAAGUGAUAACCAAUUUUCUGGCAAAAUUCCACUAGAGAUUGGACUUCUUUCAAAACUAGAACAACUUGACUUGGCAUUAAACAAUUUAAGUGGGCCUAUUCCGGAUGAUCUUGGAAAUUGCUUCAAAUUAUUCAACUUGAAUUUGAGCAAGAACAACCUCGAAGAGAGCAUUCCAUCUUCAAUAAGCUACAUUAAUGCUCUUCAAAGCCUAGAUUUGAGUCAGAAUUCACUUAUUGGAGGUAUCCCACAACAGUUUGGAAAAUUACAGUCCUUGGAAGUAUUGAACCUUUCUCACAAUAUGCUUAAUGGUUCCAUCCCGGAAGCUUUUAAUAAUUUGCGUGGUUUAAGAUUUGUGAACAUAUCUUUCAAUCAAUUUGAAGGUCCUAUUCCAAAUCUUAAGGCUUUUCAUGAGGCUUCGUUUGAUGCCUUGAGAAACAAUAAAGGCCUAUGUGGUAAUGCCACUGGACUAAUGGCUUGUGUUCCUUCUUUUCUGGCCAACCAUGGUCAUGGAAAAAGGACCAAAGUCAUCAUAUCAGUUAUGCUUCCACUCUUUGGCGGUCUACUUUUGCUAUUUUUAUUGGUUGGAAGUUUCUUUACUUUCUACAAAAAAACUCAAACCAAAGAAUCAGAGCCAAGGGAGGAGCAACAAGGAGAUAUUUUUACUGUAUUGGGAUUUAAUGGAAGAGUACUCCAUGACAACAUUAUCGAAGCCACUGAAGAUUUUAGCUCCGACUAUUGCAUUGGUUCAGGAGGAUAUGGAAGUGUCUAUAAAGCUGCAUUACCAACUGGUCAGGUGGUUGCUGUGAAGAAACUUUACCGAUCUGAAGACAACAUACACAUCAACAACUUGAAAGCCUUUGAAAGCGAGGUUAUGGCUUUAUUAGAAAUAAGGCACCGUAACAUUGUGCAGAUGUAUGGUUUUUGUUCACAUCCAAAGCAUUCUUUUCUGGUUUAUGAGCUCGCGGAAAGGGGAAGUUUGAGAAUGGUGUUAAGCAACAAUGAACAGGCUAAGGAGCUGGACUGGAAGAAGAGGGUAAAUGUUGUUAAAGGAUUGGCUAAUGCUUUGUCUUAUAUGCAUCAUGGUCAUUCACAACCUAUAGUUCAUCGAGACAUAUCUAGCAACAAUGUUCUCUUGGAUUUGGACUAUGAAGCUCGUGUCUCUGAUUUUGGCACUGCUAGGAUUUUAAAGCCUGACUCCUCCAAUUGGACUUCACUUGCGGGUACCUACGGGUAUAUAGCUCCAGAGUUGGCUUAUACAAUGAGAGUAGAUGAGAAGUGUGAUGUCUACAGUUUUGGGGUGCUAACAAUGGAAGUUUGUAUGGGGAGGCAUGCUGGUGAUCUUAUAUCGUAUUUUUCAUCACUGGAGUCGACAUCGUCAUUGAUGUCAAAUGACCAGCAGGUUUUACUGAAAGAUACGAUAGACCAACGUCUUUCACCACCAGUAGGGCAAUCUGCCAAAGACUUGGUCUCUACUAUGAAGAUAGCAGUGACAUGCUUGAAUGGCAAUCCCCAACUUCGGCCAACCAUGCAGCAAGUUUCUCAAGCCCUUGGUCGUCAAUCCCUUCCUUUACCGAGCCCUUUCAACAGCAUACAAUUGGAAGAAGUGUUGGGAGAGGUAGUCUGCAAUGGCUUUGUUGAGAAUGAGAUGCUUAAACACUGAAAUUGGAUGUAGAGAAUGAAGUGUGUUGGGAGGGUAGCAGGGUUGCAAGUAUUUUCCUUACGUCACAGCGUGGAAUUCACACCUUAAAUUAUCAUGAUGUGUUUUUUUUGCAUCCUAUUGUAUCUUGUUUGUUAAGUUAUCCUUUGUACCCAAUUUCAGUUCAGUAUAUAAUAUUUAAUGUUUUGUAAUUGGAUUGUAACGAUGUUUGGAUUAAAAUCGAGGGAAAGUGGGAAGGGUGUAUUGACAAAACUUGAUGAUCAUUUGGGAAUAAAA